AUGCCGGGCACAUCAGACAGUGCAAAAUCGUCUGCUUCAGACGCUAAUAGCAGCUACGACUUCAAAUUUAGCCAAUGUUUUGGGGACAAAGCCGAUAUUGUGGUCACAGAAGCAGAUAUCAUAACAGCAGUGGAAUUCGACCAUACCGGUGAUUUUCUCGCCACGGGUGAUAGGGGUGGCCGUGUGGUGUUGUUCGAGCGCAAUAACAGCAAACACUGCGAAUAUAAGUUCCUCACGGAGUUCCAAUCGCACGAUGCAGAAUUUGACUACCUCAAGUCGCUGGAAAUCGAAGAGAAAAUCAACCAGAUCAAAUGGUGUCGUCCUACAAACCAAUCUCAUUUUCUGCUGUCUACCAACGACAAAACCAUCAAACUUUGGAAAGUUUACGAGAAGAACAUAAAACUCGUCAGUGACAAUAACCUCAGUGAAGGUGCAUACGGCGCGGGUUCUGGUUCAGGAGGCUCGAGCGCCAAGAGCCGGCAUCUACAGCAUCACGGUAACGGCAGUGCCAAAGCCGUGCUCUCACUUUCGGCGCUCAAGCUUCCUAAACUUUCUCAGCACGACAAAAUCAUUGCUGCAGCACCCAAGAAAAUCUACAGCAACGCACACACAUAUCACAUCAAUUCAAUAUCGAUAAAUUCGGACCAAGAAACGUUCGUAAGCGCGGAUGAUUUGAGAAUCAACCUUUGGAACUUGGAUAUACCGGACCAGUCAUUCAAUAUUGUCGAUAUCAAACCCGCCAAUAUGGAAGAGUUGACAGAAGUCAUUACAAGCGCUGAAUUUCAUCCCUACCAUUGCAAUUUGUUCAUGUAUUCGUCUUCGAAAGGAACCAUUAAAUUGGCCGAUAUGCGGCAAAAUGCUUUAUGUGACUAUCGUGCCAAGACUUUUGAGGAGUAUUUGGACCCCAUAAACCACAACUUUUUCACAGAAAUCACGUCAUCCAUAUCAGACGUGAAGUUUAGUCCCGACGGUCGUUAUAUUGCAUCUAGAGAUUACUUGACGGUGAAGAUAUGGGAUGUGAAUAUGGACAGCAAGCCUGUGAAGACGAUCAAUAUUCAAGAUCAGCUAAAGGAUCGACUAAGUGACACUUAUGAGAAUGACGCAAUUUUUGACAAAUUCGAAGUCAAUUUUAGCGGCAACAGUUCAAGUUUGAUGACUGGUUCCUAUAAUAACACAUUUAUGAUAUACCCAGAUGUGGUUGGGGCCAAGUCCAGCAAAUCGCCGCCAAUGAAGGAGAUCGUGCUUCAAGCCGACAAGACAGCUUUCAAAUCCAAGAAGCUAGGCUCGCUGGAGCAGCAAAGCGCGCGCAACAAGCAAUGGGGUGAUGAUAUUGAUUUCAAGAAGUCUAUUUUGCAUUUCUCGUGGCAUCCAAGGGAAAACAGUGUAGCGAUUGCGGCUACGAAUAAUCUAUUCAUAUUUUCAGCAUUAUAA